CAUGAAGAGUUUGCAUUGCAAAAGGUUUAUUACCUGUCUCUUACUUCCAAUUAUUCCAUUAGUAAUUGGAGAAGAUGAUAUUGCUAGGAACAAAUUAACAUUUCAAAGUACUACAACAUAUCCUUUUAUUGCAAGUUUGGCUACUGAUAGUACUAUUGAAAUAAAUGAUUUUCUAAAAUGCUCCAAAACUAAUCAGACUAAAGGUAGAGCCUGGUGGACAGCUGAUCUUGAGGAAAUAUAUACUGCAACAAAAGUUUGCAUCUUGAAUGUAAAUAGUCCAAGUGCUGUUGACCUGAAAAUUUUCAAGAUCAAAGUUUCUAAUUAUCCACUUGAAGGAGCUGUUUGUUCAACUGUGACAAAUUCAGUUAUCACACCAACUUCAACUGCAUCAAGCCAAUAUAGUUGUUAUUCUUGCGGAACACCACUGGAUGGAUCAUUUAUUGACAUUGAAGAUCAGGAUGAGGCUGUUAAUUUGCAUUUUUGCGAUAUUAAAGUUACUGGAACAUAUAAAAAGAAGCGAGAUAGUUCAAAUGCAAUGAAACUUACUUUUGUUCAUGUUAGUUAUAUCCCUAAUACAAUGAAUGCUCUUCCCAAUGAAAUUUGUUUUAGAUAUCAUACACCUCCUGUAAAUGGAUUUUUUGAAAGUGUAUUCAGAAAAUGUGAUAAUGUUAUAACUGGUAGAUAUAUAAUAAAUGGAGCAGACCCAGGAUUUCCUGUCAAAUUCCAACUAUCAGAAUUAGUUAUCUAUGGACAAGAAGUAAAACAUGUUGAUAAAUAUGAUAAUAAUAUACAAAGAAAGGUUGAAUUUCUUUAA